AUGAGAUUUGUGUGGCUUGUGCUCCUCGGAAGUUUUCUUGUUUGGCAAAUAACAGAGUCCCAGUUGGUUUACAAGCUCGUAAAAGCCGAGUGCGAUGGAAAUCCAGUGCGGGUGCAAAACGUUUCAUGUCAUGUGAAGGCGAUCAAUUGGAACAUGGCGGUGGUGAACAUGGAUUGUUUUGUGGCUGUGCCUAUAUUGAACCCAACUAUUCGGAUGCAGAUUUUAAAGAAGGACUAUAGCAACCAGUGGAAGCCAUUCCUAGUUGACGUGACAUUUACCAUUUGCGAGGGAAAAAAGAACUUUUAUCCCUAUGGCGUUAUAUUUUGGAAGCUGGUAAAGCGUUUUACCAAUGCCAACCACUCCUGCCCAUAUUCGGGACACAAAUUCACAAGAGGUGGAUAUUUGGAUACUAGUCUACUUCCGCCGUUUCCUCAGGGUUUCUACAAAGUCAGUAUUACAUUCUCCGAAGUUAAUUCUACCAACAGCGAAUAUUUAGGCACUGUGAAUUUAUUUCUGGAAGCAAUGGAACAGAUAAAGCGGAAAAGAAAUCCAGUGUCUAAAACGAACUAA